AUGCAAGGCCAAUCAUAUAAACAAGAAAUCUCGGUGCAAAAGUCGCAAGAGUUAGUUCAAGAGUUAGUAAGUGUAUCAUUGUAUUGCAUCACUUUUUUACGAAAUAUCUUCGAAGAUGAAAACUAUUUGGAUAGCAAGUGCUAUGCAGAUGAUGCAAAACAACAUUCAGUUACUGAUAAGAAUUAUAUAAGAACAAAGAAAUUAAUUAAAGGAGUUAGUCAACAAGGUGAUGUCUUUGUCAAUUGUGUUGAGACGGGAAUUAAAGCCACGAUUGAAUUAGAAUAUCUAAAGGCAAUCCAGUUUUCAAUUCAUCUUUCUGAAAGUUCACCUCAGAACAUUGUCGAGAGCUAUGUGUUUGUUAUAGACUACUUAAACCAGAAGGUUUCUAUUCUGUUGAACAACUUGCAUGAACUUACUGUUGAUACUGCUGAGGUCAUGAAACAAAUUCAGAGUUUGAUUAAAAGGUUGAUUGUGUUAACGCAAUCUUUGGAUCCUUUGCCCGAUGAAAAAUAUAUCUCAAUUCGAUUGAUGUUCAAUGAUAAGUGUCCAUCUGAUUAUCAACCUCCAUACUUUCAAGAUUGCACUAAUUCUGAUCCUGCUGUAAUUCAAGUGGAAAAAAAGGCUGAUAAUGAUGAUUCAAGGUUCGAAAUUGGUUUCGUUAACACAGGUAAAAAUAAGGUUAAAUUGAACGUUCUUUGUGCGCCUUCAGAUACUUCAGUUCCAACCACAACUCUUGAUCCAUUUGAUAUUGUUGAUGGUAUCGGUACUGAUGUAGAGGAUCUCCCAUCUUGUUCAUUACAUUUGGAUGACUUUUUUGAAACAGAAGAAGUGGUUCCCCAUACACAAGUGAUCCCAAAGCCUAGAAUCCAAGAAAUUGAAAUUCAAAGCUGUAAGAAAUGCAAAGCUAAAAUUAAUUUAAUUGAACAUGGUGACCAUACGAAUAUCAAAAACAGGAAAGCUAUCUGUAUGAGGUGCAUGUUUCCAGAAAUGGAUCCAGAUAUGUUAGUUCUUAUAAAAGUUAGGUUGCUUUGGAAUCAUUUGCUUAACAAUGAUUUUGGCACCUUUGGAACUUUGUUGAAUGCUAUGGAUGUGAAAAUUAAUGAAGAAGAACUAAUUGCAAAAAUUUUCAGUAGACUAUUUUGUGAUCACGCACUAAUUAUUACCAACAGAGGUAUUUUCAGUUCCGCUCAUGGAGAUUACUCCAGAGGAUCAGGUGAAUUUACUCCUUUGGUGUCCGGAAUGAUCGACAAUAGUGGAACUGAGUUAGAAAUUGGAAGACAAUACUUCAUCAUGUUUGUUCCCAAGCUAAAAGGCGCAUUCAACUUUAUGAGUUAUGAUAACUCGGUAGAUCAAAUUUACUUUCCUAACUUUAUGGUGGCAAGAGUCGACAUGUAUCGGAAAAAUCUCAAGAAGUUCAAAGCAUUAAAACAACCAUCUUUGCUUGAACCGGUUAAGAGCAAUUCCGCAGGUCUGCUGGUUUCCAACAUUUCGUACCCAGGCAGAGAUCAGUUCAGUGACGCGGCCGAGACGACUAAUAGCUUAGCUGAUCUUUCCUUUGAAGACUCUUUGGUGUUCUUAUCGCAGCAAAAGGAUCAAUUCGCUAUCCCAACCACAAGGAAACCAGAUCAUCAAUUGCAGACCUUAGAAUUGAAAAAGCGCAAAAUAAGCAUAAAUAAGAUCUGA